UUCUCUUUUUCUUAUUCUGGGAAAUCACAUGAUCAAACCAAAAGUGAAAGUGUUUUGAGCAACAGAAUAAAAGGAGGGUGUCUGCUAGCACAGGUCUGUAUUGGCAUAUGCAGCAAAGUGUGAUGUUAUAUCUACAGCAACAGGACAACUACGAAUCCUGGAUGAAAGCCUGUGGCAUAUCUCUACAAAGAGAAGCAGAUUUAAUAAUCUGGACCGAGUGAGACACGACUGACACUGGACCCAGAAUGGAUAGCUCAGGGGAGGAAGAGGAGUUCUUUGACACCAACGAUACGUUCCCUGAGCCUGACAGUGAGGAGACGUAUCCCUCAACAACACAGUCUAACUAUGUUUCUCCACCAGAAGAAGAAACACCUCUCAGUUCAGACACGAGGACUGUUUCAGAUCCCUGCAGUGACCCACUCAGAGGCAGUGGGACCAUGGAGGACUCCAGCACUGUAGAUGUUCAGGGCAGGAGUGGAACAGGAAGCCCUUCAAUUGGAACAUCUGCCAAUACACAUGUUUCUCCACCAGAAGAAGAAACACCUCUCAGUUCAGGCACGAGGACUGUUUCAGAUCCCUGCAGUGACCCACUCAGAGGCAGUGGGAUCAUGGAGGGCUCCAGCACUUUAGAUGUUCAGGGCAGGAGUGGAACAGGAAGCCCUUCAAUUGGAACAUCUGCCAAUACACAGACACAACUGCAGAUCCUGUUGGAGGAUCUGGGCUUGAAGCAGCACUACACAGAGAAGCUGACACUGAGCGAAAUACUUCAGAUUGACCUGAAGGCCAUCACUGAUGAACCUGCCAAGUCCCACUCAGAUCUUCCAUGGUAUUUCUUAAAGAAGCUAAUGAUGGUUAAUGUGACGGCGAGAAAUUUACAAUCAGAAUGUGAAUCAUCCAAAGACGGAGCAACAGAAACAACUGAAUUUGACUUCAGUAAUCUGUGCGACAUUACAGAUUCAGAUGACAUGGUAAACCCCCUUGACGUAAUCACUGCUCUCUUCCUGUGUUCUGAUGGGUUUGUGCAACAGGAAAUGGCCCUCAAAAUGUCCAUGUGUCAGUUUUCUGUGCCUCUCCUGCUUCCAGGUUGUGACACAGAUCAGUGCAAACUCAUGCUUUGGGCCAUGAGAGACAUUGUUAAAACCUACAGACCUCAGUCACUUGUACAAUCCAAGGGUUUUAUUGAAGAAAGAAUUGUUCUCUCUGAAAUUCCAAUGAUAUCUUUUGUGAGACUGGGGGAAUGUUCCAUGUCCAAGUCAGAGAUUCUCAAUAAGCUUUUGAGCAAUGAUUGUUUUGUUCACCAUGAUAUGGAGUGUGCUGACUCCCAAAGAAGAAUAUCCAAUGGACUGACUGAAAUAACUUGGUACCUUCCUUCUGGCAAAGAAAACAUUGAUAUUUUCAGUGAGCCAUUAGCUGUAGCUAACCUUCGUGGGGACAUUGCUUCAUUUGAAACUCAGUUUUCUUUCUUGUGUCAGACAUCUGCAGCAGUGUUUGUGUUCUUUGACAAUUUGGACCCUGAGUGCAAGCUGCUAACCAACCUUCACCACAAGACACAGAUGUUUUUGGUCGGCAACCAACAAAGCAAAAGCUUUAGUAUGGAUGCUCUCAAAACAGUAGCCACAAAGCUAGGCUUGAGUAAAGACAACAUCAUUAUAAAGACCAAGCACAAAAAUUAUGCUGACUUUGUCAAAGGUUUUCGGAAAAAAGUCAACGAUGUUAUUGAGAACACAAAGAAAAACAUGUGCAUUGAAAAGAUGGCUGACAUUGCCCAUGAAUUGGGAAUCUUGGUUGAUGAAGACUGUCCAGAGUGUCAGACUGCCAAGGAAAAUGCAGAAGCCAUAACAUCAAAAAUUCAAAACAUCCCUGACUACAAAGCCACUCAGCUUCCCUUGCAUGGAGAAAUAUGGAAGGAAUUGACAAUAUUAGAGAAGGAAGAAUUUCGACUGAAAAAUCUUGGAUCUGAAGACAUAGAAACGUACAAAGCAGGGCUUCAGAAAAAGAAAAGAAAACUUCGGAAGGAACAGAGCUCUAAAAACAUGUCAGAUGCCAUGAUGUGCUUCAUCAGUGCAAUAUCAAGCCCAGGCAUAGAGAGACGUUAUUUCCUGAAAUGGAUGCGAAUGAACCUUGAUAACCUGUCUCGAGAAAAACUGUCUGGCCUCAGGAAGCAGUACAAAGAAAAAUGCAAAGAUGCAGAGAACAAAGAGGCCAUCAAAGACAUUGAUAAAGAGCUUUCCAACAGCUCACUGGGAACUGAACACUUCUUCCGUGAAAUGGGUCAGAUUUAUGAAGCUUCAGUUUCCCUUCCAGAACAAGAUCUUUCACGUAAACAACUACAGCAUCUGCCCCAAAUCUGUGCAGGAUUGUUGCUUGAUGGAUUUCCCCUGGAGCUUGUAGAUGGAGAUGCAUCCAACAUACCUCUCACAUGGGUGAAAGAUGUUCUCUCCCAGCUCAAUGAACUGGUGUCUCCAAAGAACAAGAUACUGGUCGUCACGGUUCUUGGAGUUCAGAGCACAGGAAAGUCCACUCUUCUUAACACCAUGUUUGGAGUGCAGUUUGCAGUCAGCAGUGGCCGAUGUACUCGAGGUGCUUUUAUAUUGCUCGUCAGAAUCAAUGAAGAUGCCAAAGAAGUCCUCAACUGUGACUUCAUGGUCAUCAUUGACACUGAGGGCUUAAAGUCAGCAGAGCUCGCACAACUUGAUGAUAGCCAUGAGCAUGACAAUGAGCUUGCAACACUUGUUGUGGGGCUGAGUGACAUCACCAUUAUCAAUAUUGCAAUGGAGAAUUCAACACAAAUGAAGGACAUCCUACAAAUAGUUGUGCAUGCGUUUCUCAGGAUGAAAGAGGUGGGCAAAAAGCCUAAAUGUCAGUUUGUUCACCAGAAUGUGUCAGAUGUUUCAGCCAAUGAGAAUACCCUUAGAGAGAGGCAUCUGCUCUUGGAUCAGUUAAACGAGAUGACUGAGGCAGCAGCAAAAAUGGAGAAGAAAGAAAAGAACAAGUGCUUCACUGAUGUCAUGGAGUACAACCCAGAAACUGGGAACUGGUACAUUCCUGGACUCUGGAAUGGUAACCCACCAAUGGCACCAGUCAAUGCAGGGUACAGUGAAGCUGUAUAUCAGUUCAAGAAAAACAUCACACAGAUACUAGGAAACUGUGAGUCCUCUGCUAAUGACAUCUUGAAGUUUAAAGAGUGGAUGUCAAGCCUGUGGAAGGCAGUGAAGCAUGAAAACUUCAUCUUCAGCUUCAGAAACAGUCUAGUGGCUGAUGCAUACAUGAAGCUAUGCACAGAAUCCAACAAUUGGGAAUGGGACUUCAAAGAAUCCAUAUACAAGUGGAUAACAAAUGCCGAAACAACCAUCUCAAAUUUAGGAACGCCUGCUUCCAAAUCUAAAAUAGUUGACCUGAAAGAACUCAUCUUGAGUUUGAAAAGUGAGGUCUCCACAAAGCUGACGAAAUUGGAGGAAGAGCUUCUUGAAAAACUGAAAAACUAUUUCGAGCAAAAAGACGGCCAUGUCCAUCUCGUAGAAAGAUACAAAGAGGACUUUGCAAACAAUGCAAAGAGUCUUCGAAGAGACAUGCAGAACUCUGUGUAUAGUCAACUCACAGCAGCAGCAGAAAUCAAACAGGGACAGACAGAACUUCAAAAAAUCAAGGAAAAUCACACAAAAGAAAUUGAAAGAGCAGUGUGUGCACUGAUCGAUGAAUGUCGCAAGAAAAACAUGCAGAUGGGAGAUGAAGAACUGAACCAAGAAUUUGGCAAGAUGUGGAAAGAAACAGUAAAGAAACUGUCUUUUUCCCAACAAAAGCCAAAAAAUGUCUUCACCAGUGUCUCCCACUACUUAAGAAUAAAUCUCUCGCCCAAAGGAAGUCAUGCAUGUGAAUUGCUGAGUAAAAGACGCCUGCAAGAUUGUGGCAAAACGCCUUUCAAAUAUACAGCCAAAGGACUGGUUGAAAAUUUAAAAAAGAUAAUAAGCAAAGUGACUCCCUUUCAAGAUCCCACAAUCAGGCUACAGAAUAUAGCUGACAACAUCAUAGAUGAAUGCAUUCAAUAUAUGAAGGAAAAAGACAAAACAGAAGAGGAUGAAGCAGAUGCACAUGAAGCAGAUGCAAAAAAAACAAAAGACUACUCUGAGGCUUACAUCCAGGAGAUCCUACGCAUGAUUGAUGAGCGGCUGCAAAAGAAACAGGAUGUAACUGUAGGCAUUGAUUUUGAAGUUUUUCUGAAACAGCACAUCUGUGGCAUUGCAGCCAGACACUUUCAGAAAAUGCACGAAGAUUUCCUAAAGGAGAAUGACCCUCACUUAUGUCUGAACAAAAACAAAGAAAUGUUUUUUGAUAGUUUUAAAGAUGUGUUCAAGCAACGAGACCAGAGCCAGAAGAAGGCAGAAGAAUUCACCAAACAAUGUUUGAAGCCUGCAGUUGAAAACUUUGUCUACAGUAAACUGGGUCCUGAUAUCAUUCAUGAAAUGAGGAAACAAUCACAGUUCAUUGCAAGAGUCUGCUCCCAGUAUGAAAUUUUACUGGAUUUGCUCUCAAAGGACAGCUUUAGGGAGUACGCAAGGUACAUUCGAUCAUAUGAGGGAUAUGUAAAGAAGUGGAUACUCGACCAAACAGUGAAACACUUAUCAAAAGAUUCUAAGAUGUUUGAGCUAGUGGAUCAGCAUCUUGACUCAAGUAUCAGCAGCAUAAAGGCUGCAAUCCACAAGGCCACAAAGAAAACAAGUACUGACUUGAAAACAUUCAUUAACAACUUCUGUCAGGAACUUGGUGAUACACUGGUCAUUUCCCAGGAUGCACUUGGUGCUUUCAUGAUCCUGAACAAAGCAAACCAGGAACAGUUUGCUCAUUGGUUCACAGAGUUUGUGAAUAAAAUGGAAAAAAUUCUAAAGCAAAAGUUUAAAAAAAGAGGCAUCCAGAGUAUACUUAAACAGCUUGAUGUCAAGCCCCAGAAUGAGCUUUUCACACAAGUGAUUGGAUGUGGUAAACAGUGUCCCUUCUGUGGAGUGGCCUGUGUGUGCGGAGGUGGUAACCAUUCUGUGCAUGAGGCUUCACUGCAUAGGCCAAAGGGUCUGAAUGGAUGCAUGGGGCUACAAACAGAAGAACUAGUCACUGACAUAUGCUCGUCAUCUGUAGUGAGUGACAACCUAUUUCGUUGUGAUGCUACUAAAGGUGAAUAUCACUUAUUUAAAAAUUACAGAGAUAUUUUCCCAGAUUGGAACAUUCCUCCAGAUGGAAGCUACGAGGCAUCAGACUACUGGAAAUAUGUAAUGGCAACGUUCAAUGAGGAGUUUGCGGAAGAACAUAGUGCAAAGCCUGCUGAUAUUCCUACAACCUGGAAAGAUAUCACACGUCUGCAGGCAGAACAGAGUCUCAAAGGGUUAUUUAACAUCAAAUGAGAGACAACAAGCUGUCUGAUUAGAGAAGUUUACCUGAUUAAUACGCUUUGUUGUCACGUGUGACGCAACUUCCACUUGGGAUUUCCUCCUGAAAACACCUGCAAAUGGAUUUUCCUUGGUAUGUAACAGCUCAGGACAGCCCGAGGACAUUAACAGUUCCCAUGUGUCAACACGAAUCAGCUUCUUUUUGUUUGUAUCUCGACUGAGAAGGACGGGGGGCUUGUGUUGAGUUUAGCAUGUUAGCCUGUUGUCUUUCGUAAUAAAACACCAACAGGCAGAGUUUAUGAGAAUGGUGUCUAUUGUUCCCAAUGUGCUUCAGAGCUUUAUAUCAAUGUAUCAAUGUUAAUGCUAAUGGAUAAGGGAUUUGCUUGCUUGGUUAGCAGUGCAUUGUUUUGAUUAAUGUUUGAUUAAUGCACCAUUUCCACACUUAUUGACUUUAUAUGAACCUAUUCAUUUUUGUUUUGAGGCUUUUUUGUUUUGCAACACCAGUUGCUAGCCUGGUUCAAGCACCAGCUGAGAGUGUGUUUAAGUAGUAAAGGUGCGUCUGUUGAUAUUCACACCAUUUAGUUUUAGUUCAAGUUAAUUCACUCUAAUAUGUUGUUUGAAGCACUACUGUGUAACUGUACUGACUUUAGUAGUGAUGAUAUGAACAUCGAAUACAUCAAAAUGGUGAUUUAAAAACGAUUGUUAACAGAUGUGUUACAGUUAAAGAGUGAUCAUUCAUUGACACUGCUAAAAUGUCAAUUAAUUUUUUUAUAACAUACCGAAAUGUCAAAUGAAUAAAUAGUUAAUAUCACUGUGACUGCUGUAUGUUGUUAGUCAUAUGGAUGUACUGUACAGAAUGAGAUGUUCCCAAAGACGUCAGUGAGGUCUCAUGUUGGAAACAGAGGGAGAAUAGAAUAACUUACUUAGAUCCAGGAUAUCCCUCAUAAAAGUGCACUAAGAUUUCCUUCAGGAGAAUGACACUUUCACAUGUCUGUAAAAACCCUGUUCACUGGGUCCUGAUGUCGUCAAAUAAUAAUAAAAAAUUAAAAAAUUCAGGGUUCAGUGUGUAGAAGCUUGACAUCUAGUGGUGAAGUUAAAUGUUGUAGCUGAACACCCUCACAUCACCGUCCCUUUCCAGACAGGAAAGAGAACCUGUCGAAUUAAAAACUCAAAAGGUCUUUAGUUUGUCCAGUGUGGACUACAGUAAAAAAACAUGGCGGCCUCCGUAGAGAGGACCUGCUCCUGACAUAAAUAUAAAGUAUUUAAAUAUAAAGGGCCCAUUCUAGGGUAAAGAAAACUACAAUUCUUAAAACUUGGAAUAAUUUGUAAUAAUAAUCCAAACAAUGGAUGUUUGUUGUGUUGAUGUGUUGCACUGAACAACACUUUUUUUGAACUUGAGUCUAUGUGUUGCACUUGCAGAAAUGUUAACAAUAAUGUUUUUGUGUGAAUUCUGUUGCAUUUGAUACAUAUUUUUAAAUGAAUGUGAAAAAUAUAAUGUUUUUUCUCUUGGUUUGUUAAUAAUCAGAUUCAUGAUAACUUCUUAAAUAGCAUAGUAUAUUAAUAAUUAAGGAAAUGCAAUGGAAUCUAUUGAGUUUUUUUCAAUAACCAAUAACUGUCUGAAUAAAGAAACCAAAUCAGCA